UUUAAUUACUGUAACAAAAUUCAGCAGCAACAGAACUGGGUGCACCAUGGCUUCCUCUGCGAGCUUCGCCAGGGCUUCGGGAGAGGCAUCGAAUCAAAUUAGCCUAAAAUCCGUGAGGGAAACCCUCAUCCGCCAGGAGGAUUCCAUCAUUUUCAGCCUCAUCGAGAGAGCUCGGCACCCGUACAACGCGCCAGCCUACGACAAGUCGUAUUUGAAAUCUUCUGGAAAUUCGCUCGCUGAGAUAUUUGUAAAAGAGGCGGAGCAUCUUCAUGCCAAGGCUGGAAGAUACCAAAACCCUGAGGAGGUUCCCUUUUUUACUGAUGAUUUGCCUUCACCUUUGAUUCCUUCAUAUGAUUACCCUCAGGUGCUCCAUCCAACUGCUGCAUCUGUGAAUAUAAACAAGACUAUAUGGGACAUGUAUUUCAAUGAAUUGCUUCCACUAUUUACUGUUGAGGGUGAUGACGGUAAUUACGCAUCAACGUUGGCAUCGGACCUUGUAUGCUUGCAGGCCAUAUCAAGAAGGAUCCAUUACGGCAAAUUUGUGGCAGAGGUUAAGUUUAGGGAUGCACCGGUUGAUUAUAGCUCUGCAAUUCAUGAUAAGGACAAGGAUACAUUGAUGAGAAUGCUUACAUUUGAAAGGGUGGAAGAGAUGGUUAAGCGCAGGGUUGAACAGAAAGCCAUGGUUUUUGGGCAGGAGGUGACAAUGGAGGAUGAGAAGGACGGCAUUGUGGAUUACAAGGUAAACCCUUCUGUAGUCUCUCGCCUCUACGGAGAUUGGAUCAUUCCUCUAACCAAGCUCGUCGAAGUUGAUUAUCUCCUUCGUCGACUCGAAUAAUUGCGUUGCAUUAUGCACUGCUUCAUCUAUUUAUCUAUGCUUUUGUGAUUGAAAAAUAUUUUGCUGGUGAAAUAAUGUUGUGUAAAACAUAAUUAUUAUUUGUUGAUUGACUUCUUUGUACCUUGUUAA